AUGGCUUCCUCCUGGGCUCUCCUCCUCCUCUGCAGCCACCUGGCCCUUUCACAAGGACGUGGAAUCGUGGUCUCAGUUUCCAAAACUGAGGUAGAUGGUUUUAGAGAGUCACAAGUCAGACGUGACCAGCAGAAGGUUCCAGCUGGUGGAACUCUGGUUGGUAAUCUCCUCAAAAAAAAUGGUCCUCUUGGUGGUCUCCUUGGCAAAGAUGGUGCUGUUGGAAGUCUCCUUGGCAAAGAUGGUGUCGUUGGUGGUCUCCUUGGCAAAGAUGGUGCUGUUGGCAGUCUCUUAGGCAAAGAUGGUGCUGUUGGCAGUCUCCUUGGCAAAGAUGGUGUUGUUGGUGGUCUCCUGGGCAAAGAUGGUGUUGUUGGUGGUCUCCUUGGCAAAGAUGGUGCUGUUGGCAGUCUCUUAGGCAAAGAUGGUGCUGUUGGAAGUCUCCUUGGCAAAGAUGGUGUCGUUGGUGGUCUCCUUGGCAAAGAUGGUGCUGUUGGCAACCUCCUUGGUCAAGAUGGUCUCCUUGGUGGUCUUCUUGGAGGAAACGGUGCUGUUGGCAACCUCCUUGGUCAAGAUGGUCUCCUUGGUGGUCUUCUUGGAGGAAAUGGUGCUGUUGGCAACCUCCUUGGUCAAGAUGGUCUCCUUGGUGGUGUCCUUGACAGAGAUGGUGUCCUGGGUGGUGUCCUUGGCAAAGAUGGCAUCCUUGACGCCCUUGGUUUGUCUGGGCUGAGAAUCCUCAACAACACCCUUCCCAAGGUCACCCUGCGCUCCCUGCCCGGCUUUGGCCAUGAGGUGGGCUUCAAGACUCAGCUGCUGGUAGAGGUCACCAGCGCAUUGGGCAGGGACCUCUGCGUGCAGGUGGAUGCAGAUGUUACCAUGCAGGUCCAGGACAACCUGGGGACUCACCAGAACACUCAGGACUGCCAGACUGCCAGCAUAAACAUCCGUGUGAGACCCAAUGUGGCCCUCCUGGAUCAGCCUCUGAAAAGCCUCCUGAGCGAGUCCCUGCGUGAGGUGGGCUGCAACAUCCUCAGCGCCGGGCUGCGUGUGCUCAGCUCCCUGCUCGGCUCCAGGGCCUCCGUGCUCCCGCUCCGGGCCCUGGGGGAUCUGCCGCCCUUCUCCAUCCUCAGCCAGGAUGCCGUCCAGAUGGAGCUGAACCUCCUGGGCAGGGACUCCCCUGCACGUGGACCACUGGCCACCGCCCGCCUGCUGCUGGCCACCGGCCGCCCCCCCCGGCUCAGCCUCCCCCGGGGUGUCCUGGAUGUCUUCCUGGGGCAGGCCCAGGCACCCUCAGCCUUCAACAUCAGCAUCACCAGCACCACGCUCGCCAGGGUCCUCCCAGCAUCCCUGCCCCUGGAGCUGCGUGUGCAGGUGGCUGACGAGCCAGUGGUGACCGUGAGGGGACAAAAAGCCACCGCCACCCUCAAGGCCACCAUCGAUGUCACCCUCCCCACUGUGGCAUCCUCCCAGAAGCUCCUCUUCUCCAUCGACACGGACAUCAUCCUGAACAUCAUCCCAUCAGUCUCUGAUGGCAAACUCCAGUUGUCCCUGGAUCUGGACAGGUAG